AUGAUGGCGAUGAUGAUGACUGGCCGUGUGCUGCUGGUGUGUGCCCUCUGCGUGCUGUGGUGCGGUGCCGGAUGGGUUUAUGCGAGAGAAUUCGAGAGCAACGCACUGGGUGGCUGCAUGGCGUCGGGAGCGUUGGGUGCUAGUUGGUACCAUAUGCCCAGCGGAUGUGAUAAAGCUGCGCUUACGCCGCCCUUACGGUCAGCACUGCCUAUUCCUGCUAUAAAGGCUGAAGCUAGUGAGGAUGAUGUUCCUCUUAGGGAAGAGGAUGAUUCAAUUUCAACUUCAGGUGCAGUUGUUGGCACCGCCAUGCCUGGUGAAAGUGACGGUGCUGCUCUUGUCAUUCAAUCUGGUCCCCCUGCUGGUGGUGUUGCUCCAACGACCCCCAGCGGUGGGUCAUCCACCCAAAACAUGGAAUCUCAGCGAGCCGUUCAGCAUUUAGAACCAACCGAUCCUGCGGCGUCCGUAUUGCCCAAAGUGGAAGUACCGGGGGAGCCAAUGCCCAUUGCAGAAGAAAGCCUUUCUAAUACACAAGAUAGACCAGAAAUUCGAGUUACUGGUGAGGAUAAUACUGAACGCGAGAAACUGCGGAGUGCUGUGGAUACGGGAGACCGUUUCAGCGACCAACCAAAAGAACCAACGCCGCCAUUGAAAACAACACCACAAUUACAACCAACAACACCAGUACCGCCACCGUCGUCAAAAGCAUCAACAACGGAAUUAUCAUCAGGAGAGGGAAAUCCACAAGCAGCAACAACAGACACGCAGACUCCAACACCAACAAUUGGAAAGACGACAACGUCAGAAACCGCAACGGACUAUAAAGCACCUAAAACUCCUUCAAAGGAUGAUGAGGCAGAGCAACACAGUAAAGAGAGGGUCCCAUCGGAUUUGAUGAAGAAUACAGCCAACGGCCAUCCAGCAGACACAACAGCAUCAUCCAUCCCUACAAUUGGCAGUGGUGAUGUUCAGAGAAAUGCGGAUAAGAACGGCAAUGAUGCUCAACGGCCUGACACAAAAGGAACACACAACGACCCCGCAGCUGUUAAUACCAACGAUACUCUUACAGCCAGUGUGGCAGCACCACAAACAACAGAAAGACUUGCCGAUGCCAAAACAAAUCAUACGGUGACACCUGGCGACAGUGACGGCGGCACCGCGGUCUCCCACACCACCUCCCCUCUUUUGCUUCUUCUUGUUGUUGCGUGUGCGGCUGCUGCUGCGGUGGUGGCCGCGUGA